AUGAAGACCAACACAGCUUCCGAAAUAAUAAGACUUCUGGAGCAGACAAGCAUUCAUGUCUUUGAAAACAACAGUGAGCAAUCUCUGAACGUCUCCGAUUGUAUGACAAUUGCUGUGCCAGAGGAAAUCUUCUUCACCAUUGCUAUAGUAGGAAUCCUGGAAAACCUGCUAGUGCUUAUUGCAGUAGGGAGGAAUAAGAAUCUGCAUUCCCCCAUGUAUAUUUUCAUUUGCAGUUUAGCUGUUUCAGACAUGCUAGGAAGUUUGUCCAAGACUCUGGAGAACAUCUUAUAUAUCAUAUUUUGCAAAAUGAGACACCUUCCAUGUCGUGGAAAAAUGGUAACAACUCUGGAUGAUAUUGUAGAUUUCAUAUUUAUUUUAUCUUUACUGGGAUCGAUUUUUAGUCUUUUGGCCAUUGCUGCUGAUCGAUAUAUCACUAUAUUCUAUGCGCUGCGUUACCAUAACAUCAUGACUCAAAGGCGUGCUUUACUGAUUUUGCUAGUAAUUUGGGCAUUCUGUGCUGGGAGCAGCAUAGCAGUAGUGAUUUUCUCCCAUGAUAUUGCCACUAUUGUAUCUUUCAGUGCUCUAUUUUAUUUUAUGCUCAUUUUUAACCUCUGCCUUUACAUCCAUAUGUUUCUGCUUGCCCGUUCCCACGCCAUGAAGAUUGCCUUGAUGCCUGCAAGUUCUGUCCACCAGAGAGCUAGCGUGAAAGGAGCCAUUACAUUAACACUAUUACUUGGUGUUUUUCUCUGCUGUUGGGCUCCCUUUGUUCUUCACAUGCUUCUAAUACGUUUUUGCCCUGAAAACCCUUACUGUGUUUGCUAUUUGUCCAUCUUUCAUGUGAAUGGUAUAUUAAUCAUGUUUAAUGCUGUUAUUGAUCCCAUGAUUUAUGCAUUUCGAAGCCCGGAACUGAGAAGUACAUUUAAGAGAUUGUUCUGCUGCUGGCAGCCUAGCUGGGCUUAG